UUUAACAUGGAUAAGUGUAAGCACAUAGGGCGCCUGCGCCUGGCCCAAGAUCAUUCCAUCCUGAAUCCUCAGAAGUGGCACUGUGUGGACUGCAAUAGCACGGACUCCGUGUGGGCCUGCCUCAGCUGCUCGCAUGUGGCAUGCGGCAGGUACAUCGAAGAGCAUGCACUGAAGCACUUUCAGGAGAAGGGGCACCCGGUGGCGUUGGAAGUCAACGAGCUCUAUGUUUUCUGCUAUCUCUGUGAUGAAUAUGUUCUUAAUGAUAACGCAACUGGUGACCUCAAGCUGUUGCGCAGCACUUUAAGUGCAAUCAAGAGUCAAAACUAUGAGUGCACGACUCGCAGCGGGAGGACUUUGCGGUCCAUGGGUACAAGUGAUGACUCCUACCCUUCACAUGGCGGUGCCCAAGCCUUGCUCCGGCAAGAGGACCGCAUGUUCACAGCGCUCUGGCACAGGAGGCGGGCACUCAUGGGCAAAGUAUUCAGGUCGUGGCUCGGGUUGACACCUAGUGGAAAAAAGAUUUUGGAAGAAGAAAAGCGUUGGGAAGAAGCAGAGAGAAAAAGGGAAAAUGCUAGGAAGAGAAGGCAAGAGCGGAAACGUCACUUAAAAGCUGAGCUGGAAAAGAUGCCUCCAAGAAAGAGCUGUCGUUUACAAAAUCAAGGCAAAAUGUUCUCAAAAACAGUGCCUUGCAGGCCGGAAACAUCCCAGGAUGAGGAAUCGGUGGCAGAAUUGACAGAAAUGUAUACCUCAAAUGCAGUAAGAUUGAAAAAAAUAAGUGACUCUCCAAUUAAAAGACGGCCCACAGUGACUCCUGGUGUAACAGGACUAAGAAAUCUGGGAAAUACAUGCUAUAUGAAUUCUAUCCUGCAGGUAUUAAGUCACUUACAUAUUUUUCGUGAAUGCUUUUUAAAGCUCGAUCUCAGCCAAACUCAGGAACUGUUAGCAACAGCAGCCAAUGGUAAAACAAGAUCUUCAUCUAAACAGCCUUCACCUAGUGCCUCAGCAUUACAUGUGAAUGACAACCAUGAGAAGAUAGAGAGAUCAUCCUCGUCCAUGAGGCGACCCAGUUUAUCUUCUGGAUUAAGUGGAGGAGCAUCAAAAAGCAGAAAUAUGGAACUUAUUCAGCCCAGGGAGCCGAGUUCAAAACAUAUUUCGCUUUGUCACGAGCUACAUACCCUGUUCCAAGUUAUGUGGUCUGGCAAGUGGGCGCUGGUAUCUCCUUUUGCCAUGCUCCACUCUGUAUGGAGACUAAUCCCAGCCUUCAGGGGAUAUGCCCAGCAGGACGCUCAGGAAUUCCUCUGUGAACUUUUGGAUAAAGUGCAGCAGGAACUGGAGACCACAGGGACCAGAUACCCAGCUCUCAUCCCUGCAUCUCAAAGGAAACUUAUAAAACAGGUUUUGAAUGUGGUUAACACCAUUUUUCAUGGUCAGCUCUUAAGUCAGGUUACAUGCCUUGCCUGUGACAAUAAAUCAAAUACUAUAGAACCAUUCUGGGACCUGUCACUGGAGUUUCCUGAGAGAUAUCACUGCAAUGGCAAGGAGAUGGCAUCCCAACAUCCCUGUUUGCUGACAGAAAUGCUGUCCAAGUUUACAGAAACUGAAGCUUUGGAAGGGAAGAUAUAUGCGUGUGAUCAGUGCAACACAAAACGCAGGAAGUUUUCUUCUAAACCAGUUAUACUCACAGAAGCUCAGAAGCAGCUUAUGGUGUGUCGACUACCUCAGGUUCUCAGAUUACACCUUAAACGGUUUAGGUGGUCGGGGCGCAACCACCGCGAGAAGAUCGGCGUGCACGUGACGUUCGAGCAGAGGCUGAACAUGGAGCCCUUCUGCUGCCGCGAGUCGCCGCGCUCCCUCCUGCCCGGCUGCUUCAUCUACGACCUGUCGGCCGUCGUCAUGCACCACGGCAAGGGCUUCGGCUCGGGCCACUACACGGCCUACUGCUUCAACUCGGAAGGAGGAUUCUGGGUACACUGCAAUGAUUCCAAACUCAACAUGUGCACUAUUGAAGAAGUAUGCAAAGCUCAAGCCUACAUUUUGUUUUACAGCCAACGACUCACUCAGGAAAAUGAACAGGGUAAAAUGGCACGUCCUAGCACAGCUGAAAACCAGCAGCACGCAGAAGUAGCUGGCUCUUCCACAGACAGCUGUAGCAGCUAAUCCAAAGGCAAUUUA